GAGGCCCGACAGAACAUGGAACGUUACAAACAGAAGCGGAAACAGCAGAUCCGCCUCUUUCGGGAAAAAAGCGCGGCCUGAAAGAAGCGGAGUGUGAAGAAAUAAUGGAACGAUUUUCACAAGAAACAAAACAAAUUGAACUGCCGAUCCCAUCGGACGUAAUCUUCUGUCGCUCAUCGUUUGCGUUUAUUUUGCGUGAUAAUUGAUCUCGUUAAUCGUCUAAGUUAAUUUCAAACUACGGUCGUUCGUAAUCUGCACCGUCCUAUGAUAAUAAUUUUUCAUAUCGACUACCGUUGUGGUGAAAAAGUGCAUUUUAAUUGAUCGACUCUACUCGCCAUGGAAUGCAAAAAGUGCCUGCUACCAGUGAUAACAAAGGAUCAACCGUACAUUUACUGCAAUGGAUUGUGCGCCGCAGUACAUCAUGCAAAUUGUGUUGGAUUAAAUAAAGCCGAGCUUGCCGCCGUGUCGCCUCCAAACAAGAAUAGUUGUUGGCUGUGCGACGACUGUUUGGAUGAGUUUGUACAAUGGAGAAAAGAACGAACUGAGAAAACAAAUCAUCCGAUCGCCGAAACCAUUCCGGAGCCGCAAUGCGUACAACUGCAACGUGAUGUAGAUGAGCUGAAAACCAAAGUUGAAUCCAUAUUAUCGGGGAUUGUGUCGCAUUCUAAUCAUCGCUCGGAUACCUGGAUACGACACUCAACACCGAAUUCUUCACGACAAGAGGAAAGUGGAUCGAGUGUAAUUACAAGCGCGUUCAAUAGUACGAAUCGGAUACCUGAUUCGGGAAGCGAAAACGAAAACUUCGAUUUGCUGCUAUCUAAUAUCCAUGGAAGCGUUUCGGAGGAAGAUGUGCAACACAUGGUUUCUCGCUGUUUAGGCACCCGUGAUGAUGAGUGUAUUAACGUUAGAAAAUUAGUUCCGCGAUGGGUUGACUGUAGUACUCUCGACUAUAUCUCCUUUAAAAUAGUUUUACAUCGUAAAUGGAAAUCUACCGCAAUGAUGCCAUCUAUUUGGCCUAAAAACAUCAAAUUUCGAGAGUUUAAAAAAAUAAGAUGCCCGUGGAGACCCGAUAUUUUGUAAUAUCAGGGUGUCUACUACCUGGAAAAACCUGGAAAACCUGGGAUUAUCAGGGAAUUUUACUCGACCUGGAAAAAUCCUGGAAUUCUCAGGGAAUUCUGGUGACAAUCAGGGAAUUUCUGUGCUUAUCACUUCAAUACAAAUUUUCAGUUAGAAAUGCCUCAAAGCAAAUAAAAAUUUCGGCUGCGCCGCUACUAACUGCUCGUUUGUUAAAUUACCCUUGACGUUGAAAUUAACUUGUACUUUUUUCACAGCAAUCUCCUAUUUAAUGUUUUACCUAUUUCGGAAAACUGAGUCGCCAUGCUUUUAUUGUUAGGAUUUUGUAUUCUCAAAUCUUUCAAACUAUUGCAGCGUUGAAUAUUGGCUUAGUGACUUAAACUAUUUUGCUUCAUUCCCAUGUGAAUGAGCUUUUUGUCUUGCAGAAUUUAUUGAGGUUUACCUAACAAAUUCGCAAUCGCCUGUAAAUGUUGAAAAAUACCUGAAGGAACUUAUAUAUAUAUAUAUAAGAUAUAUUUUAAGCGUAGUUCCUGAUACUCCCGCAGAAUAUUAUUGAUCAAUAGGAACUCCUGGCGGAUUCGAUGUCAGUAUUUCUAGCGAAGUUAACUAGAUGAUUUCUGGGAGAAUUAAAAAAAAAUUGACCAUUUCUGAAAGGUUUUUGAACAACACAUAAAUGAUUCUUAACAAUUUUUGAAAGAAUGUUUAACUCUCUUUCCCAUAGUUGCUUCUGAGCUCCACAUAUUUUAACGAACUCGAGAGAAAUUAUUUUCGAUGGACAUAAUGCAAUGGUUUUAUGGUUGUCAACUUAUUAUCUAAUUGUCAAUCAAUUAUUUCAAGAGUGAAACUAUUGACAACCAAAACUAUUGAUUUACAACAUUCAGUUUUUCUAUUAGUUUUGAAAAUAGUCCAUCUAUAACAAUGUUUGGUCAUAUACUUCUGGUAAAAACCCUGUUUUGACGUAAAACAAUCGUUCAAAUUUGCUAUGGAGAAAACAAUUAAAAUAUUCUGAAGGGAUUCAGAAUUGCUUUAUUUGAAUUUAUGUGAACAUUUUUAAAAUUUUCAAGUGUAACUGGCAGUAUUAUUUGUAAAUUCUUUUGAAACUCUGAAAGGAUUUUCUGGCUGAAGUCCUAUAAACAUAUCUAACAUUUUUAAUAGCAAUUUCUAUAAAUGAAGAAAUCGCUGGAGAGAAAAAUCUUGCGAAAUUCCUGAAAAAUACAAAGUUAAACGAUUCUUUUGCGAAACCAACCAAGAUCUUCGUGUGCAAUAACAGAAGCUAUGCGUGAAGGGUUUCUUGGAGGAUUUGUUUAAAAGCGUUAGCAGCAUUUUUUUUAGAUUUCUGACAAUAUUUAAGAAAGUUUGCUUAGGAACUACUCGGAAGAUUUUCUGCUGGAACAGCCUAACUUAACUUUUAUAAAAAUAUACUAUAAUUUCUUGUUGUUUCCUUGCUAAAUUCCUUCAGAUAUUCAUAAACAAAAUUUUCAUCAAAUUAUGCAGAAAAUUCUCCUAAAGUAUCGCCAGGAUUGUUUUAAGAAUUCCAUCAGAAAGUCAUCUCGCGUUUCCGUCCUAAUUGCUGGUGUAAUGUUGUGUUUAAAUGUCAUUAUAGUUGGAACUAGAAAUUUCUCAAAAAGUUGCGUUUCCACGAAUUUCUAGAAAUCUGAAAUCAUGUUUAGUUUAGUCGAUUUGUUAAAGUUUCUUGAACCUGGAAUUAUUUUCAAAAACCUGGAAAAAUCCUGGAAAUAUCAGGGAAUUUCAUUUUCGUAAUUGAGUAGACACCCUGAAUAUGUUUCGAUGUUUUGCAUUAUGUGAUUUCACGUUAAAAUGUUUUUGUUUAGUUAUAAUAUUCACUGCAAUUUCUGUUUUGUGCCAUCUGUGGAAAUGUUUAUGUAUAAAUCUGAAAUGUAGUCUGCCCUUGAACGAUAAAUUUGAAGUAAGUAAUUGUAUCACUGUAUUACAUAAUUGCCUCGUAUUUUUUACUUGGUUUUGAUAAUUGAAGAGUUUGUUCUAAAUGUUUGUACUUUAGUUUUAAGAACACAUCAUUGGGAAGCCUGUUGGUGUUGCUGUUAAAUAAAUAAAGAAUAAAUAAAUAAAUAAAGAAACAUGGAAGUUCUAUCAGAAGCUCAACGCAUCCUGCACCGACUUUGUAUCACCGACGAACCGACGUGACAGUGGUGAUUCAAAACUGUCCCCCCCCAAAUUUAACGGUCGACCAGCGAAGCGAGCGAACGCUUCUGUCAAAUUAGCGCAGGCGCGAACCUUCUUCUAUAUGAAUACACGGGGGUUUGGAGUCAAGCUAUCAAAACAACGCGAACCGUUAUAGAGGAGGCGGUAGUGUUCGGCUAUUUUUCAUCAUGGCGUCGGGGACAACAAAUUUGAAUAUAUUUGUUCUAGCUGUCACGUCGGUUCGUCGGUGUUUGUACUGCGAACCGAAAUAUGCAGGGAUAAAGAAGGAGGUCUCUUGAUGGACGGACGUGAGGUGAUCGAAAGGUGGAAGCAGCACUUUAAUCAGCAUCUGAAUAGCGUGAAGGACGUAGGCACGGGAGACCACGGCAACGGAGGAAACGACGACGCCAGUGUAGCGUAGGACGGAAAUGAACCAACUCCCACGCUGAGGGAAGUUAAGAAUGCCAUUCACCAGCUCAAAACCAACAAAGCAGCUGGUAAGGAUGGUAUCGUAGCUGAACUCAUCAAGAUGGACCCAGAAAAGUUGGCCACCUGUCUGCAUCGGCUGAUAGUCAGGAUCUGUGAAACUGAACAGAUACCGGAGGAGUGGAAGGAAGGGGUAAUCUGCCCCAUUCACAAGAAAGGCGACCAUUUGGAAUGUGAGAACUUCAGGGCGAUCACUAUUUUGAAUGCUGCCUACAAAGUGCUAUCCCAGAUCAUCUUCCGUCGUUUGUCACCUAAAACGAAUGACACGGUGUGUCUGGUAGAACAAAUUUAUUACAAAAAAAUGGGCAUCGCUAAUUUUUACGCUACGUGAAAGUUGACGCUACCAGCUUUCAUUCAAGCCCAACAUCGAAAUAUUCCAUCGGGGGAACUUUUUCAUACAAAAAUUGGGUAUGUUUGUUAAGUAGAAGUAGGGAUUAAUUUGGAACCGUGCAUUUUGUAUGGGGAAAAACAGUCUUCUGAAAAAGUUGUUCGGGAUCCCUCGGUGGAUUUUUUUGAGGGACCCUGCAAAUGAAAGCUGAAAGCCUCUAUUUUUGAAUAGUGAAAAAUUUGACGAUGCCCAUUUUUUUGUUAUAAACUUUUCCCAUACACACGCCGUGAU